UGGUGGGACAGGGGCCAGGUCACUGAGAGCCUGGGAUAGUUAAACAUACUCCUAGGGAUUUUGAAUUCUACUCCGUAAAGUAUCCUGGUUUAUUUUAAAGUAACAAUUUUGUUUUUAGUUCCUUGCCAGUUGAGUUACUGAGUUUCUUCCAAAAUCUUUUCCACUCCAGGGAAACAUGUCAUAUAUAUCCUGUGACAUGGCUCUGUGGCCCUGGGAUACACAGGUCCCUGCUUGAGAAAUGCAGCUGUAGGCAGUGGGGAGUCAUGGAAGGUUGUAGGCAGUGAGUGACUGUGUUUUAGAAACGUCACUUCAGGGCUGGACCAUGAAGAGGCAGUGUCCCCAUGCAGAUGGAGGUCAUCACCUCAGGGAUUGCAGUCAUCGUGUUAUCACGCUACCUCCCCAGCAUCCCUCUGCGCUGGACAGUGUUUAGCUCGAGCGUGGCCUGUGCCCUUCUCUCUCUGACCUGUGCUCUCGGCCUCUCGGCCUCGAUUGCUGUGACCUUUGCCACCCAGGGCCAGGCACUGCUGGCCGCCUGUACUUUUGGGGACCCUGAACUACUGGCACUGGCGCCCGACUGUCCCUUCGACCCCACUCGCAUUUACAGCUCCAGCCUGUGUCUCUGGGGCAUCUCGUUACUGUUCUGCAUGGCAGAGAGUGUGUUUGCUGUCCGCAGCGCCCAGAUCACCCACCAGUUGCUGGAACUGAGGCCCUGGUUGGGGAAAAGCAGCCAUCACAUGAGAUCCUCCCAGCCCCCCACUCCUCCCACUUUCUGGAUGUCCUGGAGGAGGAGACCCAGACCCAGUGGGUCUGGCAGCCUCUGACAUCUCCACAGAUGCAGGAGAGCCCAGAGCCUGUGGAGGACCAUGACCUGCCGAGCUGCACUAGCUCUGGGAUGAUGACCCUUUGACAGCUGUUGCCUCACCCAAGCCCCUUGGCCACUGGGGCCCUCCAGCCAAGUCUGCACUGUGAUCAGGCUAGGAUUCCUGGAGCCAGCCAAGAGGGUGCAAUGCCACUCCAGGACCCGGGUGGGUCUUUCACCCCUCUCCUCCAGCCACCCAGCCCACUGCACUGAAACGAGACUUUAUUCUGAAGAUAUUAAAAAGAACAGAGAUGCUCCACGUGGAUGCAUGCAGCGGGGGAGGGGACUCGGCCGGGGGCCUGUGCUGCUCUCCCACACAGGACACUGUGGGUGGCGCUCUAGGUGUGUCUGCCCAUCUGUCUGUGGGCCUGUGUGUGUAUCUGAGAGAGACAAGACACACAGAGGGGUCCGUGGGUCUGUGUUCAUCAAAAUGCUGAAACGCAGGCGGGGGUUCAUGGGACUCACAGCUGCGGGGCUGGAAGCAGGAGGUUUUCCUUUUGCAUCAUGGCCUCUGGGCCAACAAGGGCAGGAGCAGGCAAGGUUGAGGCCCUCCUGCAGGGAAGGAUGGCUCAAGGAAGGUUUCUCCUCAAGCCUCCAAACCUCUGGAAUCCUUCUCUCCGCUCCAAAUAAAAAGACAGGC